CUUCCCCAAGCCUUUACUAUGAUCACGAGUUCCAUCGCAACGGCUCUGGAACUGUCAGGAUCCCAGCCUCCCAGGCUGGGGGCGGCGCCUUCGCGGUGGAUCAGCCCCGAGACCAUGAAAAUUACCUAAGGGCCGCGCACCUUUUGGACUACAACCUUGCUCACCUGUCCUUUCCCUCACACAAAUGUACGUAGGAGUAAUGUAGGAGGAUUGGUGUGGCUAGAAAGAAGCAUAAUGUCUUCCCAUCUUAAACAAAAAGGUAGCAAAUUCUUUUAUGAUGUGAAAAGAGAAGUAUACAAUGAAGAAUCUUUUCAAAAAGAGCAUAGAAGAAAAGGAGCUUCUUCAGGAGAUGUAGAUAUCAAUAUCACCACAAUUAAACACAGAGUACAAUUCCGCUGCUCAUGGAAGAGAUUUAAGAAAGUCAUUUUUGGCAUCUUUCCCUUCCUAGAAUGGAUGUGUGUAUAUCAGUUCAAGGACUGGCUUCUUGGAGAUUUACUUGCUGGUUUAAAUGUUGGCCUUGUACAGGUUCCCCAAGGUUUGAUACUUGCUGUGCUAAUAAGGAUGUUGAUCCCACCCCUCAAUAUUUCCUAUUCUUCUUUCUGUUGCUCAAUAAUAUAUAUCAUUUUUGGAACGUCUCAUCAUGUAUCUAUUGGAAACUUCUUCCUUGUAAGUGCAUUGAUGGCAAAUGUCUUAAAUAAAAUAAUGUUCAAUUCUGGUCACCUCCUGAUGGGAACUUUUGUCAAGGGUGACUUUGAAGAUCCAGCAUACUCCCUGGAUUAUGAGAAGGCUCUCAGUGUCAUGCAAGCUGUAACCUUUCUGACUGGGAUUAUCCAGCUGCUGAUUGGAUUGCUAAGAUUGGAUUUUGUCACCAAGUACCUGCCUGACACAUUAAUUAAUGCCUAUUUGGCAGCCACAGCACUGCAUGUCAUGAUGUCCCAAAUGUGCUUCAUCUUUGGGAUUAUGGUUCGUUUUCACUGCGGUGUUAUCGCCUUCUUUUAUAAUCUAGUUAAUUACUGUAUAGCUCUCCCAAGAGCCAAUUCUACUAGCAUCCUGCUGUUUCUGAUUUGUAUGGUGGCUUUAAGAGUCAACAAAUGUAUCAAGAUCUCUUUCAAACGAUAUCCCAUUGAAUUUCCCAUGGAAUUUGUACUGAUUGUUUCCUUCACUAUCAUCGCAAACAAGAUCCACAUGAACACUGAAACCAGCAAGCACAUUGUUGAUAUGAUUCCUUAUAGCUUCCUAUAUCCUGAACCAGCUGAGCUGAAGCUUUUGCACAUGAUUGUUUGUCAUGCUCUCUCCCUGUCCAUGGUGAGCUACAUUCUGCUCAUCUUUAUAGGCAAGAAGAUUGCUUCCUUGCAUAACUACAAUAUCAAUCCUAACCAGGAAUUGGUAGCCAUUGGCCUGUGCAAUCUUGUCAGCUCAUUUUUCAAAUCUUUUGUGUUCACUUCUGCUAUUGCCAGAACAGUUAUUCAAGAAAAAUCAGGUGGCAGGCAACAGUUUGCAGCUCUGGUAGGUGCCGGUAUAACGUUACUAGUGAUGCUGAAGAUGGGUCAUUAUUUCUAUGCACUGCCUAAUGCUGUACUGGCCGGUAUUGUUCUGAGCAACGUCUUGCCCUUCCUUUCAACCAUCAUGGACCUUCCUGAAUUGUGGAAACAGAACCAGUAUGAUUUUGUGAUUUGGAUAGUGACAUUUCUGUCAGUGAUCUGCUUGGGACUGGACAUUGGGCUGCUUAUUUCAGUAGUAUUCACCUUCUUCAUCACCACUGUUCAGUCACACAGAACCAACAUUCUUGUCCUAGGACAGAUCCCAAACACCAAUAUUUACAGAAGCUUUACUGACUACCGAGAGGCUGUGUACAUUCCAGGAGUGAAAAUUUUUCAAUUCUGCACUGCCAUCACUUUUGUAAAUGUUGAGGAAAUCAAGCAGUUGCUGUUAAAAGAGGUAGAUCUGAAAGCUGUGCCUCUUACUGAUGAAGACUUGAGAAGUUUGUUCAUUGACAACAGGUCUGAAAUAGGUGAAGUCCCUUUUAAGUGUGCCUGCAACUGUGAUGAACCGGAGCCACCCCCCAGGAUUGCUUACACGGAUCACCUUGAAAACAGAUCUGAAAGUGAUAUAUCCUCCAUUGACCUGUUCCACUGCUCACGUUUUGAAGGUCCUCUUAUGAGUCGUAGUAUGUCUGAAGAGCAAAUGGUUUGCAUGAUGGGCCAUGGCAAUUUAAGAAACCUAAAUUCAAAGAAUGAAGAAGUAGGCAAAGUCUGGGUUCCCAGCCAUACCACAAUAAAUAGUUCUGGAGUUCAACUACUAACAGCUUCACCUUCAAACAAUGAACAUAUUGAAAGUCAUCACAGGAACAAACAUGAUCCUGGAAAGCAUAGUUCUGAUGUAUCUUUCAUAUCAACUGUCCACACUAUCAUCCUGGAUUUCACUAUGGUGAAUUUUGUGGAUGUAAAGGCUACACAAGUAAUAAGACAGAUCUGCAAUGCAUUUUACAACAUUGAUGUAUUAGUUCUCCUAGCAGGUUGUCAUCCACUGAUUGUUAAGUCUUUUGAAAGAAGUGAUUUCUUUGAUGCUGGCAUUACCAAGGCCCAGUUGUUCCUUACCCUUCAUGAUGCUGUUCUGUUUGCUCUUGGGAAGAAAUACUUAGAGACACCUGAGGAUGAGCCAGAACCAUUAAUAAAGGAUGAUUCUCCACUCUAUAGUCCCUCUAUUCAUAUGUAUGACUCAGAUUCAAGAAAGGAACUACAGACUACACCUUCCAAGGGAAAGUCGAGCCAUUCUGACCAGAGUAGAGAAAGUUCAUCAUCAACAAAGAAAGAGAAAAGUCCCAUACCUCUCUAUCAACCAGAUAUUCAGCCGGAUAUGAAAGACCUGAAUGAAAGAGUGGAGCUAGAGACAGAGAUGGACACAGACUUCGAAGCCGAGCUGGAUCUGGGGCCAGAACUUGAGUUUGAUCUAGAGCCGGAAACUGAGACUGAGACUGAGAUUGAGAUUCAGACACGACAUGCUAUAGGAACAGAAAUAGAGAUAGAAACAGAGUCAGAAACAGAUCGUCAUGCUUAUGAUCAACCAUAUGAAGUGUCAUACCAAAGACCAUACCAGUGGAAUAAUAGGGAUAACCAAUGUAGAGAAUACCAUGAUAUCUGGGACCAGAACUGGAAAUAUUCAAGUAAAUCUUAACAUUCCACUAUAAA